AUGUCGACGACUCCAAUGGCGCUCGAUUCCCCUAUGGGCAACGGCCUCACUGGCAAGCUCAAUGGCGUUCAACCAACUGCCGUGCUCUCUGAAGUGAUCUCUUUGUAUCGGCCAACCAAACACUUUCGACGCGAGAAAAGCCCAUCACAGCCAACCUCCAUCGUCGCGCUCGACUUCGACGAUGAAGGGGCUUAUCUCCUCACCUCUGAAUGUGAUCACACUAUGCAGAUGUAUAGUGUGAAAGAAGGCAAGCACCACAAGCCUCUUCUCAGUCACAAGUACGGAGUCAGCCAUGCGAUGUUCAGUCACGCACAGGGAUGCAUUAUUCACGCAAGUACCAAGAUCAACAAUACCAUUCGUUACCUCUCAACCCACGACAAUUCGUACAUGCGGUACUUCGAAGGCCAUGAAGACACCGUCACGUGCCUCUCCCUCCAUCCAGGACAGGACAACUUCCUCUCCUGCAGCGAAGACAACACCCUCCGCAUCUGGGACUCCUCCACCAAGAACGCCUGCGGUAAGCUAAAUCUCAACGGCGCGUAUCUCUCCGCCUGGGACCCCUCCGGCAACGUCUUCGCCGUCGCCUCUCCAACAGCAUCUUCUGUCCUCCUCUACGACUUCAGGAACUACGACAAAGCACCAUUCUCCACUUUCGACAUGCUUCCUCAUUCUCAGGAAAUGCCAAAAUUAACCAGCAAAGGCUGGAAUAAACUCGAGUUCUCCAACGACGGCAAGCACAUCCUCCUUGGCACGACAGGCCAGGGUCAUUUCCUACUUGACGCCUUCGACGGCCAUCUGAAAGCAUCUCUGCGUCGAGAGCGUGGAGGCGUUAAGCGUCUUUGCGGCGGCGAUCAUAAUACCGAGGGGAUCAGCUCAUCUUCUAGCGAGUAUCUGUACCCGUCUUCUGGAGAUGCCUGUUUCACUCCUGAUGGCCGGUAUGUGAUUAGCGGCUCGAAAGGACAGAAUGUCCUCGUUUGGGAUACACUUUCUGGGGCGUCGGAGAGAUUCCUUGCGCCUGUUCAUGAGUUGGAGUAUACGGGUGACUCGGCGGUCAUUGCAUUUAAUCCGCGCUAUAACUUCUUUGCUACGGCGGACAAGGAGGUUGUGUUCUGGGUUCCGGACCAGACUUUGGCGUAG